CAGUCGCAGCUGACCGCUGCUUAGGGGCCACUUUCUCCUCUUCUAUCUGGAUAGAAAACAGAGGGACAACCUCAGUUAUUUUACACAGAGCCUGACACAGACACAGCCAGUCUGACUGUCUACAAUUUCUUUUUUUUGGAAACUCUACCACUCUGUUUCCACUUGGAACCGCGCUUCCCCCUUCCAGACGAUUUAAUUCCUUCAGGUUUCAGCCUAAUUGUUUGAGCAAGUACCCAGCAGCGCAGGUAGAACGGGCAGCGGCCGCAGCAUGGAGCCGUACACGGUCCCGGGAGCUCCGCUCUCCCUGUCCGGAGUGGAGCCGUACACGGUCCCGGGAGCUCUGCUCUCCCUGUCCGACCUUUACUCCGUCAUCCCCUUCAACGUCACGUUCCCGGACGAGGAGAACGGCUUGAUGGGCGAGCGGCUGCAGAACUACACCGGGCAGCGGGCUCCGGUGCUGAGCGCCGGGGGUCUGAUCAUACCCAUAUCCAUCACGGCUCUCUACUCCGUCAUUUGCGUGGUGGGACUUCUGGGCAACGUCCUCGUCAUGUACGGGGUGGUCAGAUACACCAAGAUGAAGACCGCCACAAACAUUUACAUUUUCAACUUGGCUCUUGCCGACGCCUUGGCCACCAGCACGCUGCCCUUCCAGAGCGCCAAGUACCUCAUGAAGACCUGGCCAUUUGGGGAAGUCCUGUGCAAGCUCAUAAUUGCCAUUGACUACUACAACAUGUUCACGAGCAUCUUCACCCUUACCAUGAUGAGCGUGGACCGCUACAUCGCCGUGUGCCACCCAGUCAGGGCACUGGGGUUUCGGACGCCAGUCAAGGCUAAGUUGAUCAACGUGCUCAUCUGGGUCCUGUCCUCUGCGAUUGGGGUGCCCAUUAUGGUCUUGGCUGUGACCAAAGUGGCAGAUAAUGGUAGAAUCAUGUGCACUCUGAAAUUCCCUGACCCUGACUGGUACUGGGACACUGUGACAAAGAUCUGUGUCUUCAUCUUUGCCUUCGUGGUUCCUGUGAUGGUCAUCACCAUAUGUUAUGGCCUGAUGAUACUACGCCUAAAGAGCGUUCGUCUGCUCUCAGGCUCCAAGGAGAAAGACCGCAACAUGCGCCGCAUCACCCGCAUGGUCCUGGUGGUGGUGGCGGCCUUCAUCAUCUGCUGGACCCCCAUCCACAUCUUCAUCAUCGUGAAGACCAUGGUGGAGAUUGACAACAGAAACCCCUUCGUCAUAGCCAGCUGGCACCUGUGCAUCGCCUUGGGCUACACCAACAGCAGCCUCAACCCUGUCCUCUACGCAUUUUUGGAUGAAAAUUUUAAGCGGUGCUUCAGGGAUUUCUGCCUUCCCUGUCGGACCCACGUGGAGCAGCACAGUCUGACCACAGGCCGCAACACCGCCAGGGAGCCUGUGUCUGUCUGCGCUCCAACAGGAGCGGUGAAGAAGCCGGCAUGACUAGGCAUGGAGUGGGUCCCCCACAGCUCUCGCUCGAGGAGGAUCCAGCAAGAUCUGCAAUCAGAGAUAACCCAGAUCUCCACAACAGAGUUUUAAGAGAUCUUAACGAGUAAAAGCUGGUCUCAAGGAACUGAGUCGUGUCGCUUAUUCUCAACAAUUUGGCUGGACAUUUAAAGGAAUAGCUAAAUAUAAUGGAAAAAGAGUUACACUGUGAUCUUACUGUUGUAGUUAAGUACAAUGGAAUCUUUUUUCUUACAAAGGCAGACAGUAGAUAGGGUGAUAGCCCAAAGAGUAUAUCCAAAUGUUGAAGCGAGAUUAUUAAAACAGAACAUCCCCAGCUCAUGAUUUAUCUGCCCAAAAAAGACCCGAGUACAGGACUUUUUGAUGAUUUAAAAUCGGACAAAGAAACACAUGCAGGUUUCUAUCUUGUCAAGCAAAGAAUGCAUUGU